AUCGAUAACAGUUCGAUAGCUCGAACUGCAGUGUUGGGCACAGGGUGGUACAUGCAAUUAAAAAAUACUGUUGCUUAGCCCUGGAAAUGGUAAACAAAUUGCUGGGCGAUGGAUAAUCUGUGUAUAUACUGCAAGCAAAGACGAGGGCUGUCGGUUAAACGUGGAGGAUCACUUCCGAAAACCAUUUGUCUGCUGUGCCUGCACUUGGACACAUUUGGCACAGCCCACGAGUCCCAUGCUCAAGCUGGAGAAGAUGUCACCAUUAAAGAGGAGGAACCCAUAGUUGAAGAAGAUGUCCCCCCAGUUGAGAAAGAGAUCGUCGAGGACAACACCAUAAUAAAGGAAGAAGUUCUUGAAGAGGAUCCCGCUACCGAGGAAAAUAUCCAUGAGGAGGAUCCCAAAGUUGAGGAAAAGAUCAUUGAAGGGUCUACCAAAAUUAAGGAAGAGAUCCUCGACGAGGAACCCACGCAGGGAGAGUACUUCAUCAUAACGGAAUGCCUGGAAGAACCGGCGAUGGAAACAUGCCUGGUUUGCCAGGGGAAGUACGAGCAUAUGAUCAAUAUAUUUGAUGAUACACUGGAAUCUGGAAUUUCAAUUGCCACUAUGGUUUCGCACUCCGUCGAAUUGCGGGUCGAAAAAGGGAACACAUUUCCUGAAACCAUUUGUCCAACUUGCUUAGAGUUUGUGAAAAAUGCAUACGAGACUAUACAAACUAACGAAAGGGAUCAACAGAUACACGGCCAACUAAAAGAAGAAAUCAUCGAGGAAGACUUAAUCCAUGUAAAAAACGAGCCUGUUGAAGAAGACCCCUUCGAAGAUGUCCAUGGUACUGAUCUAUCUUUUAAAGGACAAACCCAAAAACCCAGCGCAGGGGCAUACAAAUUUCAUUGCUAUCAUUGUCCUAUGGCUUUCACGGACUUCACUUCUCUGACAUCUCACGUCCGGGAUCAUGAGGCUCAUGGUGACAAAGAUCUCACGAAGGAAACACCGCACAGAUGCCCUCAUUGUCCAAAGAUAUUCUUACACGCAGCCAAUUUUGAAGCUCACAUUCGGUCGCAUAAUGAGCCAGUUGUCGCGGAAGCACCAAGGCUUAAGUGCCCAAAAUGUCCUAAGAUAUACUUUAAGCAAGGCAAUCUUGAAGCUCACAUGCUGAUGCAUAGGCCGGCUGAUGGACAAGGACCACCUUUCAAGUGCCCAUACUGUCCGAAAAUAUUUCUAUACGACAGCUUUUUUCAAGUUCACAUGCGGACACAUAAGGAUAGGAAUGAUGCCAAAAAACUUGCGGUGGAAACAGUGUACAAGUGCCCUUACUGUCCAGAGAAGUCGCUAGACGACAGGGCUCUGCGAGAUCACAUCCGGACACAUGACGAUGAACCGAAAAAACCUUUUGCGGAACCAACGUACAAAUGCCCUGACUGCCCCGAGAUAUUCUCCAACUACUUGCUUUUCAAAGAUCACAUCGAGACCCACAAGGAACCGCCAAAGUUGAAAUGCUCCCUCUGCCAAGUGUCAUUCCCCCAUGAAGGGAAACUUCAAAACCACAAUUGUGAAUUCAAACCUAUUAGGUGCCCCAAGUGCCGCAAGUUUUUUCAAGGACAGUUUUAUCUGAAUUAUCACAUCAUGAGUAGUCACAGGUCGAUGGAGCCGAACAAAUGCAUAAAGUGCCAGCGUGUCUUUGAAAACAGGACAACCCUUAAGGAACAUAUCUUCGCGCAAGAAUGCACAAGAUUAUUCCGGAGCAAGGAGCCGGGCGAAGCAUUCCAGUUCUCCCAAUGCCCACAGUCAUUUCGAAAUAAAGACCAUCUCAAAACGCAUUGGGCGACUCAUAAGGGAAAAUAUAGCUUUAAAUGUAAGCUUUGCACAAAGGCUUUCCACAGUGAACAUGGUCUAAAAAUGCACAACGUGGACCACAAGAAGAAAUCUCCAUACCGGUGUGACGAUUGCCCGUUGUCCUUUAUUACGAAAAAACGUCUUAAGGAACACACGCGGACUCACAAAAUAAGAGUAGAUGGAAAACGGAAAUGUCGCAUUCGUAAUAUAGACUACAACGAGUGUGUGGAGCCCGCCGAUGGAGAUGAGCAGCAGCUCAAUAUAGCUCAAUUCGUUAAACAAAACAAAAGAGUCGUAACUGGUCCAUUAUGAUUGCUAUAAAUAUUGUUAAUCCCACAACCAAAUAAACACUCAAAAGUACAAUUUGCAUAAUAA